AUGUCUUCCUUCUUCACCCUUCCCGCAUCACAGAGGAAGAGAAAACGAGAAAAUCCUGCCCCGGGCAAGGCGAGGAAAAGGCGGGAGGUCGAACGUGAGGACCGAGCACGAGAGCAGCCAGACAACAACCUUCGUCGGAAAGGCAAACAACCCCGGGAUCAAGAUCGACAGCGAAACGAAUCAAUAUCUGGGAGCGAGUCUGAAGACGAGAUCCAACCAGAAAGCGAUGUCGAGCAGUCAGAAGCUACCUCCGAAGAAGACGAGACUGCGGCCGAGCGACGAGUCAGGCUUGCACAACGAUACUUGGAUAACAUCAGGCAAGAGAUAGACGAAACUGGGUUUGAUGCCGAAGAUCUUGACAGAGACUUGAUUGCACAACGACUGAAAGAGGACGUUGACGAGGCAAAAGGCAGACAGUAUCGACUGAUUGCCCAGAAUCUGGAUUUUGCAAAUGCUACUCACACUGCUUUUCGUGCGGACACGGAAUCGACUACUGGCGUUGCAGUUUGUCAACCUUAUGUGUACACCGUGAGUAAGGACAAGACCCUGAUAAAAUGGCAACUUCAACCACCGAGCACCUCAGACGGGCAAAAAUCAACAGCUUCACGCCGACGGCGGCCGGAACAACUGGCGUAUGCUCGAGGCAUCAAAAUCAGGGCAUCAGCGCCUCAGCAGCAUGGCCAUACCGCACGGAUUCUUUCUGUCGCAGCCUCACCGGACGGCAAAUUCGUGGCCACGGGGGGAGCGGACAAGAAACUUAUAAUUUGGUCAGCAGAAGACCUGCGGCCAUUGAAGACAUUCACCACGCACAGAGAUGGAGUUACGGGACUUGCAUUCGCACCAAACUCAGCGAGUCGAGGCGGCUUUGGUCAACAGCUGUUCAGUGCAAGCAUGGAUCGCUCCUUGAAAACAUACAGCUUGGCUGGUGAGGAUAGUCUUGCGUACGUGGAGACAUUGUUCGGUCAUCAAGACCAUAUUGUCGAUGUCUCGGCCGUGUCCGUGGAUCAGUGCGUAACAGUUGGCGCUCGAGAUCGAAAAGCCUUGUGGUGGAAGGUUGUGGACGAAUCUCUCACCAAGUUUCUGGGCGACAGUUCCAAAAACGAUGAGUACCAGGCUGGCAGUCUGGAUUGCGUGGUUGCCUUGCCGCCGCAGAACUUUGUGACAGGUUCUGACGCAGGCACUAUCAGUCUAUGGAAUAUUCACAAAAAAAAGGCUGUUUUCACCAUUCAGAUUGCACAUGGUGUGGAAGAGCCGCCUCCAUUUGAAGAGGUGACCUCCGAAGUAGAUCCGAAGGUUAUCGAGGCAUUGAAAAAAGAUGACAGGCGAAGACCAAUCCCCCGGGCUAUCACUGCUUUGGCGGCUGUGCCUGGCACUGAUGUGGUAUUGAGCGGGAGUUGGGAUGGUUGGAUCCGUGCAUGGAAACUGAGCGAUGACAAAAAAGCGCUAUCUCCUCUUGGACCUGUGGGAAGGGUUGAGGAAGGUUCGGAGUUGCAAAAUGGGGCCGUCAAUGGGGGGUCAGACCAGAGGAACGGGCAUGUGAACGGGGAUACUAAUACGGCCAAGGAUAGGACGGCUGCAUCAGCGCAUGCACCACAGCGCCCAGUGCGUGGCUUUGUCAAUUCUCUGGCAGUGUUCGAGCGAAGAAAACUCAUCACCAACGAAUUUGGAGGCAAGAAGGAAGGCGAGUGUCAGGGUCUGUGCAUCGUGGCUGGCACUGGCAAGGAGAUGCGGUUGGGACGGUGGAGGAAGUUGCGCGAAGGGCGGAAUGGUGCGAUAGUGUUUGAAGUGCCAUUGAAGUCGAGCUAG